GCUGCGCGGGCGCGGGCGGGAGUGCGCGGAGCUGCUGGUGCUGCCGCUGUACUCCGCGCUGCCGGGGGAGCAGCAAGCGAGGGUUUUCGAAGUGACCCCGCGGGGGUCUCGAAAAUGUGUUUUUGCAACAAAUGUUGCGGAGACUUCUUUGACUUUGGAAGGAGUGGUUUAUGUCAUUGACUCAGGGUUUGCCAAGGAAAACCAAUUCAGCCCCAAGACCGGCCUCGAAUCGCUGGUCACAGUGCCCUGUUCGAAGGCCUCCGCGAACCAGCGCGCAGGCAGGGCCGGGCGCGUGCGCGCGGGCCACUGCUUCCGUCUGUACACCCGAAACUCCUUCGAACAGGAAAUGCCAGGUGUACAGACACCCGAAGUGCUGCGCUGCAGUCUUGCUGCUGCAGUUCUUUUUCUCAAAACUCUCGGAGUUGAUGACGUUUUGAACUUCGACUUCAUGGACCCUCCUGCGCCCCAAACCCUCGUCGCCGCCCUCGAGCUCCUCUACGCCCUCGCAGCCCUCAACGAGCGGGGCGAGCUGACGAAGCUGGGCCGGCGGAUGGCGGAGCUGCCGCUGGACCCCAUGGCUAGCCGCUUCGUGGUGGGGGCUGAGGGCCGCUGCGUGGCAGAAGCCUUAACAGUAACAGCCAUGUUGGGAGUGGUGGGGUUGUUGUUUUUCCGGCCUAAGGAAAAGGCCCUGCAUGCGGACAACGCCCGCAGGCUCUUUUGCAGGCCCGGCGGCGACCCCUCCACGCUCCUCAACGUCUACCAGCAGUGGGAGCAGACUGGGUACUCGGUGGCGUGGUGCUACGAGAACUUCCUGCAGCACCGCGCGCUGCAGCGCGCGCGAGACGUGCGGGAGCAGCUGCAGGGCCUUUUGGAAAGAGUGGAGUUGGAGGAGACAGCUAGCCAGGCCUCCGACGAGACCCUCCGCAAGGCCCUCACUGCUGGCUACUUCACGCAGGCAAGCCAGCUAGCCAGCUAG